AUGGCCCCAUCAACUCACUUCACACUCAACACGGGUGCCAAGAUACCCGCGGUCGGUCUCGGAACCUGGCAAUCCAAGCCCGGCGAGGUUCGCAAGGCCGUGGCGUACGCCCUUAGGGAUGGGUACCGUCACAUUGACGCAGCACUGAUCUAUGGCAACGAGAACGAAGUCGGCCUAGGUAUCAAAGACAGCGGGGUACCACGUGCAGAGAUCUUCCUCACGAGCAAACUUUGGAACACUCACCACCCCAACGUGCAAGAAGGUCUGCAGAAGACUCUCGACGCUCUAGGAGUGGACUACCUUGAUCUCUACGCCUGGACUGACAACCCGAAUAUCAGCUUGUUCAUUGGCCCGUCCGACUUGUACCGCGAGCUUCUCCCGGUCAACCCCGAUGGCACCCGGUCAGUCGAUCGAUCGUGGGACCAGAGCGAGACGUGGCGCCAGAUGGAACAAGUCUACAAGUCCGGCAAGGCCAAAGCCAUUGGAGUGGCCAACUGGUCGAUCCCGUACCUGGAGGAGCUGCGCAAAACUUGGACGGUCGUCCCAGCCGUGAACCAAGUCGAGUUGCAUCCUUUCCUUCCUCAGCAUAAACUGCGAGAAUAUUGCGACAGCCUCGGCAUCCUGCUUGAAGCAUAUUCGCCCCUUGGAUCGACUGGCGCACCCAUCAUGUCUGAUCCUGACAUCCAGCAAAUCGCCGACAAGAAUGGCGCCUCGGCCGCCACGGUUCUCAUAAGCUACCACGUCAACAAGGGCGUUGUGGUGUUACCCAAAUCCGUGACUGAGAAACGCAUCUCAUCGAACAAGGAAGUCAUUUCGCUGUCCAAGGAGGACUUGGCCGUGCUUGACAGUCUGGCGGCAAACGGAAAGGCGAAGCGUAUCAACACGCCUCUGUGGGGCUUCGAUCUUGGCUUUGAUGAUUGGUACGGCCCUGUCAAGUCUUCAUAG